UCCUUAGAGAAAAAAAUAUUUUGGGGACAAAACUGUACAAGUUUACAGAAAGAGAACAUGUGCAUAUUAAGUAACACAAAAACACAUGUGUUUGUUCUGUCCAGGCUGCAUAUUUGAUUAAUGCCCUAGGUUUAAGGGAUAUUUGUUCCUGGGUAGACAUCAGGAAAUAACACAGUUCCAGGGUGUCUCACAUAUAUCUGGAUAUGUGUAUAUGCGACAUGAACACAUGCACUGUCUGAGAUUCACAUCUCCUUUUCUCUCCCCCUCCCUCCGUGUCUAUUAAUGGAAAAGUGAGUGAAUUUCAUGUAAAUUUAGAAUGAAAAAUUAAUUUUCUGACGUUACUUUGUUGUUUUUCAUUCCACCCAACUAGCUGAAAUAACUAUUGACAUUUUUUUUUGUAUUCUCCUGUCAGUAACACCAAUAAUGGAGCCAUCAAACAAGUUCCUGUUCAAACACAAACAAAGCUAUUUUCCCUCAGAUUUGGUUACACCAGAAUAUAUUGAUUCACUGGAGGAUUUUGAAAUCAGAGACAGUGAUAUAUUUCAGGUCGCUUUUCCAAGAUCAGGAACCAUAUGGACACAGAAUAUUUUAAGCUUAAUUUUUCAUGAAGGUCAUCGAAAUGGAACUGAGGACAUGGACCUAGCAGACAGAGUUCCGUGGCUGGAGUACAAUGUACGCAAAAUGGAUUAUGUUAAUCGCCCAUCACCUCGCCUCUUUACUAUCCAUCUGCCGUAUUAUUUAGCUCCAAAGGGAAUAAAAAAUGGAAGAGGAAAGAUUAUUUAUGUGGCCAGAAACCCAAAAGAUGUUUUGGUCUCCUACUAUCAUUUUUCCAGAGUUUCUGUCCUCCUUGAAGAAGUGGAAGACUUUGAUAUUAUUAUGGAUAGGUUUCUGGCUGGCAAAGUGAUAGGUGAUUUAUGGCUAGAUCAUGUAGAAGGCUGGUCUGCUCAGAGGGACCACUUGAAUAUUCUCUUCCUAAUGUAUGAAGAAAUGAAGAAGGAUCUGAGAGGCUGUGUAAUGAAAAUAUGCAACUUCCUAGGAAAGAGACUGACUAAAGAGGAGAUAGAUGACAUUGUCGAUAAGGCUUCAUUUGACAAAAUGAGUAUGGAUCCUAGAAGCAAUUAUACCGACAUGAAUGAUAACUUCCUAGAUUUAAGCAAAGGACGCUUUAUGCGCAAAGGAACUAUUGGAGACUGGAAAAACACAAUGACAGUUGCACAGAAUGAAAGAUUUGACACUGUUUUCAAGGAACGGAUGGAAAAGCUGCCCUUCAAGUUCUGCUGGGAUGUCAAGGAUGAAUAAGGAUCAACAAACUCAACUUUUUUGCUUUGCACAGAUUUUUUUUUAAUUUGGUGAAAAAUAACAGAUUUGUCCCAAUUUGUUUUCAAAUCAGUUUGCAAAUUUUGUUGAAUAUAAUGGGCAUGAUUUUAACAGAUUUCUCAUAAUGCCUGGAUU